GGGUUAAUAGAGGAGCCAUGUUGUGAUCACUUCCUGAAGGCGGAGUUUCAGAAAGAGCAGGAGUUUUUAAAGAGACAGAGACCCAAUUCCAAGAAGUUCAAUUACAAAGUCAAGUCUCUUUUAAGUCAUAUUAGAUAUAGCCUUUUAUAAGAACUGAAGGUAAGUUGGUUUGUUAUAAAAUAAUACUGUGUGGCCGGAAAACACAUAAUACUGACUUGUUUCUGGGUCUGUGCAGACAAAUCUUGCAUUGUUUGUUUGUUUUUUUCUCUCAGAUAUUUCCAGGUUUUUUCUGGCAAAGUUGCAACUUUUCAAAAUCAAUAAUUUCCUUGUUUUUUUUCCCCUGAAAAUUUCUGAUUUUUUUCUCUUUUUUGGUGGAAAUUCAGUCCUUCUCUUUUUUCUACCUUCAAUGGAAGCAAUACACCAUGGUACCGGUCAGUCGUUGCCCUCCCCCCCCACACUGGGUGAGCAGUGGUCUCAGUCUGGCUCCUGCCUGGUCCACCUUCCUGGAUGAAGACCAAAUCAAGAGACAAGAGUUCUUUGUGGGAGGACAGAGAUGGGACAAAGACUUGAGACCAGAAGACGAGUUCUCCAGUGGAUCCUUUAUCUAGAAAAUCCUGCAUCUGCUUUCAUUUCAGAGAAAUUCCUUGCUGUGGAGCUAUAAAUGAAUCUUAAUUUGAAGGAUCCAGUGAUGUGUUUGCCCUGCAGGACCUGUGCUGCUUUUAAACACCACUUUCUGUGUGUCAGGUCCAACGGCGUCUCCUCUCCUCUCCUCUCCACCUGAUAAGCCGUUUAAAGCUGACAGAGCAGGAUCUGCUAAAUGGAAACACGAUGAAAGCGACCCACACUCAGCCGAUUGCCUUGGCUUGCAUCAUUUCGCCUCCCUGGCUGAAUUAGUGCUAACAAGGUGGCAAUAAAACAAAUGAGAGUCGUAACGCAGAGUUCAGGUUCUGAAGCGGUGCUGUGCUGCAGGGGCGGUGGUGGUGGUACCUGUGGGGGGUCACAGGUACCGCUGCAGGUUCUGGUCCAGACCUGAGUGAGUAUCGGGUUCGCUGCAGCGGCUCCAGGGCCCGUACCCGGUUUAGAUUUACCGCCUCCCUGGAACAGAGUGAGGAACGUCCCCUGCAUCUGGUUUCCACUGACAAAUCAAAGCCAGUUGUGGUGGGAGGGCAGCGCAGUUAACCAAAACAGGCCGCUUCAUCAUUUUUACGGCCAGUAGGAGUUUGCAGCUUUUAAAUCUUUGUUCCUGUGGUCUGUUAGUCACCACUUCGGGUGGCUCCCAGCAGCGGCGAGGAGGAGAGGAAGGUGCAGAUGCAGGUGGAGCCGAACAGACAGGCAGUCUCCGAGGACAGCAGGAGGUGGGGGAGGGGGGACGUGGACGGGAUCAGGUUCAGGUUGGACUGCAGCGACGGCACAAACGGAAAGACGAGACGCCGGGAUCGCUGGGUGGAGCCAACAUCUGCUGAAUGAGGAAGCUGAUUGGCUGCUGCCUCUCUACACUGACAGCUGGGUGGAGCCAACAUCUGCUGAAGGUGGAAGCUGAUUGGCUGCUGCCACUCUACACUGACAGGAUCCGGUUACUACUUCCUGUGGACACAGUUACUGUAUGAAGUGUAUUAAUACCCAGUGGGAUGAAGAGGAUCAGAAGGGAAUCCACAGCUGCCCUCAGUGCAGGGAGACAUUCACACCGAGGCCUGUGCUAAAGAAGAACACCAUGCUAGCAGCUUUAGUGGAGCAGAUGAAGAAGACUGGACUCCAAGCUGCUGCUGCUGACCACUGCUAUGCUGGACCUGAAGAUGUGGCCUGUGAUUUCUGCACUGGAAGAAAACUGAAAGCCAUCAAGUCCUGUCUGAUCUGUAUGGUUUCCUACUGUGAGAAUCACCUCCAACCUCAUCUUGAUGUUCCUGCAAUGAAGAAACACAAGCUGGUGGAGCCGAACAAGAACCUCCAGGAGAACAUGUGCUCUAAGCAUGAUGAGGUGAUGAAGAUGUUCUGCCGCACUGAUCAGAAGUGUGUCUGUCUCAUCUGUUUAGAGGUGGAACAUAAAGGUCAUGACACAGUCACAGCUGCAACAGAAAGAAUUGAGAGGCAGAGAGAGCUGGAGGAGAGACGAGGAAACAUCCAGCAGAGAAUCCAGGACAGAGAGGAAGAUGUGAAGCUGCUUCAACAGGAGGUGGAGGCCAUCAAUCACUCUGCUGAUAAAACAGUGGAGGACAGUGAGAAGAUCUUCACCCAGCUGAUCCGUCUCCUCCAGGAAAGAAGCUCUGAGGUGAAGCAGCAGAUCAGAUCCCAGCAGGAAACUCAAGUGAGUCGAGUCAAAGAUGUUCAGGAGAAGCUGGAGCAGGAGAUCACUGAGCUGAAGAGGAAAGACGCUGAGCUGGAGCAGCUCUCACACACACAGGAUAACAACCAGUUUCUCCUCAAAUACCCCUCACUGCCAGAACUCAGUGAGUCGACACACUCAUCCAGCAUCAACAUCCGUCCUCUGAGACACUUUGAGGACGUGACAGCAGCUGUGUCAGAGCUCAGAGACAAACUACAGGACAUCCUGAGAGACAAAUGGACAAACAACUCACUGAUGGUCACUGAGGUGGAUGUUCUACUGUCAGGACCAGAACCAAAGAGCAGAGCUGGGUUCUUAAAGUAUUCAUGUCAAAUCACACUGGAUCCAAAUACAGCAAACACAAGGCUGGGACUAUCAGAGGGGAACAGGAAGGUGACAGUGAUAAAUCAACAUCAGUCUUAUUCUAGUCAUCCAGACAGAUUCACUGGUUGGCCUCAGGUUCUGAGUAGAAAGAGUCUGACUGGACGAUGUUACUGGGAGGUGGAGUGGAGAGGGAAACGGGUUCAUAUAUCAGUUACAUACAAAAAUAUCAGCAGAGCAGGAGGUGGGACUGAAUGUGGAUUAGGAUUUAAUGACAAAUCUUGGGCUUUAGUGUGUCUACAAAACAGUUUUAGUUUUCUUCACAACUACAUCUGGACCUCCAUCUCAGGUCCAGGUUCCUCCAGAGUAGGAGUGUUCCUGGAUCACACAGCAGGUCUUCUGUCCUUCUACAGAGUCUCUGAAACCAUGACUCUCCUCCACAGAGUCCAGACCACAUUCACUCAGCCACUGCUGGCUGGAGUUUGGGUUGGUAACCCUGGAGCCUCUGCAGAGUUUUGUAAACUAAAAUAGAUUUUCUCUUUUCUCUCUGAUUGUUGAUCAGGUUCUUGGUUCUGCUGUUCUGUUCUUCUUGAUUUUUCUGUUGUAAAUGUAGUUCUCUCUUUCUGGAGCCAUGAAGGAAAUCACUGCUGAUGUUUUUAUUUUUAUAUGAUAGAAAAAUAUUUCUCCACAUGAAAAUCGAAAAUUCUCUGGGCUUUAAUAUUUUAGCUUUAAUAUUUGUAUUAAUAUAUUCUUCUAUGCUCCACAAAUCUGGAACAAACUUCCAGAAAACAACAAAUCAGCUGAAACACUGAGUUAUUUUAAGUCUAGAAUAAAUGAAACAUUGACUAACAUAUUAAUAUGUAUAAUUUUGGUGAUGGCCUUAUCAAAAUGUAACGUUUGUUCAAUUGUUGACUGUGUGGUGUUUUCUUUAUAACUUUGUGAUUUUCUGUCUUUAUCAUGUAAAGCAUCUUGGACCGACUUGUUGCUGAAAUGUGCUGCACAAAUAAACUUGAUUGAUUUAUUAAAAUAUGGAAGUUGUAAGUUCA